CGAAUGAGAGAGGAGAGGGCAGAACGCGUGGUAGUAGUCGGGCCCGCUACUCGUGUACCAGCGAGUGGAAGGCGCUACACUGUCGCCGGCGCUCCUGGAGCGAGGAGAGCCUCGAUCGUCGCGCUCGUCGGAGCGCUUGUUGGAAAAGCGCGCGCGGCGGUUUCAGUUCGCUAUCUCGAGGCCGGGGACUUCCCGGGGAAACGAGCCCGCGCUUUCGUUCGUGCUCGUCUGUGCGCCGACCGACGCAGGCGGGCUUUUGAAAACGAGACACGCUGGAGGGAACGCGACAAGGUGUCUCUCUCCUGUCUUGCGACCAGCGAAGUCCAGGCCUGCCAGGUGUUUGUGCUGAAGGUUUUGAAGAGGAUCGCUGAGGCACGAUUGUGUGCGUCUUCUCUUCGAUUCUGUGGGGCGGAGGAGAAAAAGCUGCUCCAUCCGACUAGUGCCGCAGUUACGGCGUGCAGCCAAUUUCCUCGCCGUCUCCAGUGAACAUUGUGCCGUACUGUUUGAGGAACUUCUGUCCCCUGGAGCGGUGCACGGUGUGUGACCAGGAAGCUCUUCAGCUUCUGAAGAGGUUCGCCACUAAAAGAGAGGAGGAUCCAGUGGCACGCAACCGGGGCUUGCUCGCACAGGAACGCCUACCAGACUAACCAAACAUCAGGCGAAGAAAGCGUAUUGCUGCAGUGAGAAGACGUGAUCUUGUGACAGGGUGCCGGGAGGAGGAGGAGAAGAAGCGCCUGCAUGAAGGAGAACUGAGCAAGAACCCGGCGCCAGGCCCAGGCCGAUCUGAUGUCAUGGCGGGCCCUUGCCAGAGGCCUACGGGCGCUAAGGCCAGUCGCGCGGGGCAUCCUCAUCGCCUGGCUACACGGCUUCGUGACCACCGUAUCCGCCGUGAAGCUGGUCAACGUGGACAUCCCGUCCCCGACCACGCUGGGCGAGACGGUGGGUCUGAGCUGCAUCUACGAGUUGAAUGGCGAUCGCCUCUACUCGGUCAAGUGGUACAAGAACGACGUCGAGUUCUACCGCUUCGUGCCUAACGACUGGCCGCCGGGACAAUUCCUGCCUCUGCCGGGCGUCGACGUGGACCUGGCACGAUCGGGGCGGACGUCGGUCUAUCUGCGUAACGUGAACCUACACAGCGCCGGUACAUACCGGUGCGAGGUGUCUGCGGAGGCUCCUUCCUUCGACACUGUCGGCGGCCAGAAGGACAUGGCCGUGCUAGUACUUCCGACCGAGGGCCCGCGCAUCACGGGCGGCCAGGCGCAGUACCGCAUCGGCGACACCGUGAGCGUCAACUGCACCUCGGCCAAGUCCAAGCCCGCCGCCACGCUGCGCUGGUACGUGAACGACGUGGCCGUGGCCGGCGCCGACGGCACCACCGAGUACUCGACCACGCUGCACGCCGAUGGCCUGGAGACGGCCUCGCUCGGCCUGCGCUUCGUGCUCACCGAGGACCACUUCCGGGGCGGCAACAUGAAGCUCAAGUGCACCGCCACCAUCUCCAGAGUCUACACCAUGAGCAACGAGGAGCUCGUGUUCGGGUCUUCCUCGUCCUCCGGAGGCCGCCACCAGAAGUCCGGACUCCACAUCAGCGAGAACACGAGCCGAGGUCCCAAGUAG